UCUCGCGUAUAAGAAAUUGCAUACCUUCGAAAAUUCAGGUUAAGGCAAACUUACCGCUCCCGGAGCCACGGAGCGCGAUCGAUUGCACAUUUACGUAAUAAUACGUGAUCGUCGAAAGUGGCAGAGUCAUCGCCACGAAUCGACGUUUACUGCACAUUUACAUCAUUAGAUACAUAAUUUCACAGUUGCGAUGGAUAUCAUGUUCUCUGAUAAUACAUGCAACGAAUAAGGAAUUGGAAUAAUCUGGAAUAAUCAAAUGGAUUUCGAUAUAAUCAUGUCGCUUUCAUUUUAUACGUUAUUACGCACACACACAAAAGCACACACACACACAUAUAUAUGUGUAUACAAACGUAGGAAAGAAAACAAAAAUAGAUUUUUCUAUUCGUGCAUUUACGUAUGCAAAUUUAAUUAGUCUUUAAUUAAUCAACUGUGCUCGAUAUUUGAUACUUCUUUCAGAUGUAAUUCUCUACCUCAGUGGAUUCGUACAUUAUUACAUCAGACUUUGUGUCUGAUAAGACUGCCAGAGGAUUGACAAUAAAUUAGAAUCAUCUCUAGUCUGCCGUAACGUUCGCCUUAUUGAAAAAAAUCGACAUGGAUGCCAGUACGUUGCGGUUAGUAAUAUUUUUGGGCAUGUUUCUGGUUUUCGCCGGCGAUUAUAGCGCAUUGAUCGCUUCAAUUUUCGGUAACGCAACGGAGAGGAACAUAACUGAUGCUAUGAGAGAACCCGAGGCUCAGCUCAAAGGGCCUCCCCAUGAUAAGAUACCUGUUGUCGCGAAAAAAGACAUCGAUAGGAAUAACGUUGCCCUACGCCGUGCAAAGAUGAUGACAACGAUCAAAACUGCCUGCUUGCCGAAGCUAAUAUGCGAACUCACCAAGUCUGUUCACCAAGACCAACUAAGUGAAAUGGAGCGAUCUCUUUUAAAUCUUAUAAGAGAUACAAGUCUGAGCACAAUGGCGGAAGUACCAUCGAGAUAUCACUUCGCGGCUCACAUGGGUCAACUGAUUUCCGGUAUAGAAGGCCAAGGUUGUCAUAAUUUUUAUCCGACAUGUCCGUUGCCGGGUAUUAGAGUUCUGAACAUAAUGAAGAAGAUUCGUCUACGCUAAGGAACCAUGAUCACCGUCACUGUCGAAAUCGACGAUUUAAUUAAACCUGUGAUAUUGUGGAUACUUCGUUUUUGUUCGCACUCAGGAGUAUUAACAUCAUAAGAAUACAAUUUGCACAAUGAUAAAUCGCGUUUCUGGCGAUGCAACAUGUAAACGAUACUCAAGUUUUCGUGAUAAUAAUGUUAAUUACUGAGAGAGAGAAAAAAAUGACAAUAUUCUGUGACAUUUCGAAAUCUCG